CAGCGCCUCCAGUGCCACCACAAGCAACGUGUUCUCACUUGUAGUGUCAAAUCCACCACUCCACGCUCGACGUCAAUCGUUUUUCCUUCCCCAGACCAUCAUCUUCUUCCUCCAGAUACAAUGUCGACUUUGUGAGGACUUGAAGGUAGCAUACCACGCCUUUACCUGUGCGCCUUGCGCUCAUUCUUGACCUUCGUCCAAAAUGCCAGCCACGCUGCGUAACGGCAAAUCUUUGCCAGAGUCUCCUCCCAAGCCUUCGCCAUCAGUCGGCGCUUUUACGACGACUCAAGACGGCAUGUCAAAGCAGAGACCGUCGUCCUACCUGCUGCUCAUAUAUCCUGCCAUAUUGGCCAUCGGGUCCCUCUACUCCGUCAUUUCCCCCACUACCUUCUCUCCCACGACUCGACCGCUGGCACCUGGCUUGACUUCUGCCCAUGAAGUAGAUCAUAUGCCCACAAAUUACUUUUCGGGCAAAAGAAACAUAUUCAAUGUCUACUUUGUCAAAUUGGGUUGGUUCUGGACCACGCUGGCAUUCAUGCUUCUCCAGACCACCACAAGGCCCCAUCACAAGUAUUCAUCGAAGCACUACAUCCAAGCGGCCGUUCGAUAUGGCCUCAUAACGCUAUCAUGGGUCCUGACAACACAGUGGUUUUUUGGCCCUGCGUUGAUUGACCGCAGCUUUACCUUCAGUGGAGGCCAUUGUGAGCCACAGCUGUUUAAUGAAUCUGGAAUUGAGGGGGCUUUGGAGGUGACAACAGCCACCUCAGGGCUGACCUGCAAAGCAGCAGGUGGAGUCUGGCGGGGAGGCUAUGACAUCUCAGGACAUGUCUUCAUGCUGGUCCUCUCGUCCUCCUUUUUGCUCUACGAACUUUACAUUGCCGAUCGGCACUCUUGGCAUCCUUCGGUGUCGCCACAAGCCGCGGCCAAAGUCGCACAUGAAUUGACGACAGAAGAGCGCAUCGCUGUAGGUGGCUGGGAGUCCGAGACUGUAGCGAGGAUCCGGCUCUGGGCCCGAUAUUUUCUUUACACCGUCGUAGUUCUGGAUCUGUGGAUGCUGAUGAUGACUGCCAUCUUUUUCCAUACAUGGCUCGAGAAAUUAACCGGCCUGGCCAUUGCCGGUUCCUCUGUUUGGGCAACCUACUUUCUCGGCGAUAUUCUGGAAGCCUGGAGAUCCAUAGUCGGCGGUUUAUGAUGAACGAACGUGUCAUGGCACCUCCGGAGCGCUCUUCCAACCGGCAUUAUUACGAAGACACGACCGAAGGAUUGGGUAGCUUUCUCCAAGGACUCGGCAUUUUCAAAGUGUAUAGUGAGAUCGCGAGCGUCCAAGUACAGCUUAUCCUUGCUUCAAUCAUUGGACAACCAUCCAAGUUCCAUAUAUAGCCAUACCCAGCAGGACGUCUGUCACAAGGCAAGAAAGUGCCAAAAUAUGCAUAUAAAGAA